CUGUGGGUUAGCCGAGAGUUUAGCUAACUAGCAUGCAGUUCGCUCCUACUAGAAUUUCCCCCUUUCAUCUGUACUAAUAGUAUCAACUUUGACCUCUUCCAUGUGUGAUUCAUCUCAUCCUAACAUGUGUAAUGUUAUGGAGCAUCCUUGCGCCCCGCCCAAGAGUUGACUAGUCUUCUCCCCAACAUUGAAGCUACCAGACAAGGAAAGGUCAUUGCGUUGGACACCUGAACCAGUUCCUCACUGCAGUACCCAAUCUUCAUCUUCAGUACCCUAGCUGGAGAAGAGCGCACAGGCUAGAGCUCCCCCAGUUGUUCAGGAACAGUGUGUCCUCAGACAUGUGAGUUCCUGAAGCUUAUGGGUGUGUCCAUCAUCCAGCCCCCUCUAUCUCACUCUCUCACUCUCUCAAGGCACUUGGGGAUGGCGAGGAGCCCACCUGGUGAAACGGGGCACAGUAGACGUGGUGGCAUCAGAAGACAUGGGCACUGCCCUUUGGUGGCAAUGUCCUGAUCCGCCAGCUCAUCCUUUGAGUCAAUAACCAUGUCUAUACUGCUGUGGGCUUCUCCAAUAGAAAAAAAGCUUUAGGACUGAGUGGCUUUCCAAGCACUUUGUGGCAAAGUAUUUGUAAAAGAAGGCUAUACAAUUUACAUUUAAUUGAUUUAUUGGUUGAGUUAUUGAAAUGACUGAUGGCCACUUUUCUCUGUCGAAUUCUUCCUCUCCUCACAGUGAAGUAAUUGGAUACUCUCUACCCAAGCUGCUAGACAUUCUGAAGAUUACACAUGAAGAGGUAAGACCACCCACAGCUUUUGUAAUGAAUGAGUCCUAGGCCUUCGUUACAUGGUCCUAGGCCUUCGUUACAUGGUCCUAGGCCUUCGUUACAUGGUCCUAGACCUUCAUUACAUGGUCAUAGGCCUUCGUUACAUGGUCAUAGGCCUUCAUUACAUGGUCAUAAGCUUCAUGUAUAUAUAAGCACACUAUGUCCUUUGUAUUGUAAGACAUACAACAUCAUUAUUUACUUGUCUCUCAAGUAUGAUCUCGCAACUAUUGUACUUUAAAAAUGCUCCCAUACUCAUUAACACCCCUUCUCUUUAUCCUCCUAAUGUCUGUCAGUUUGUGGACUUGUGUAUCUUGUUAGGCUGUGACUACUGCGAUAAGAUUGCAGGCCUUGGCCCCAAGAGAGCGCUGACUCUGAUCCAGCAGCACCGGACUAUAGAGAACGUAGUACUGGACUAUAGAGAACGUAGUACUGGACUAUAGAGAACGUAGUACUGGACUAUAGAGAACGUAGUACUGGACUAUAGAGAACGUAGUACUGGACUAUAGAGAACGUAGUACUGGACUAUAGAGAACGUAGUACUGGACUAUAGAGAACGUAGUACUGGACUAUAGAGAAUGUAGUACUGAACAUCAACAGAAAGGUAUGUUUCCUCCCUGACCACUGCUCAUAUUACUACAAUACAAUUGACUUGGAGAUUUUGGUGCCAAUGCGUUUGCAGAAGUCUUUUUUAUAAAUCCGGAUUAAACAUACUAUUAAACCAAUAAUCAAUGUAAUUUGUUCCCACUUCACAUACGAUGAACAUAUAUUAACUAAUAGUUAUUUAAUUUUUCACCUCAGACCUCAACUCCUAUGCUAUGUCCGUGGACUGUACCUAGAAUAACACUCUCUAACCCUUCCUCCUCCAUAACCACCCUGUCCCACUGUUCUGGCAGUACCAGGACGCCACCCUGACCGAGCCCCCUGACCUGGACUGAGCCGGAUGAGGAGGCCCUGGUUCCGGUUUCUGUGCCAUGAUAAACACGUCAAGUACUGUUCUGGUCCUGUAAAACCCCCUUUGGAAUUAGACCAGGGGUCAUAAUGUAUCAAGCGUCUCAGAGUCAGAGUACUGAUCUAGGAUCAGGUCCUCCCUGUCCAUGUAAUCUUCUUCAUUGUGUUCUAAAAGCUAAAACUGAGACGUUUUUUUUUAUAUGUGACCCCUUGGUGUGCACAACUCUAAAUCAUCUGGAUCUUGCAGUGCAUGUUUUAUGUCCAUGGUAGUAAUCUAAAACGGUAUUAUUCCAUAUGUAUGUGAUAUGUAGGGAGUACAGGGUACGCGGUCGAAUGGCGAAAUUCCGUGAGCGGAGAGGGUGGGCGACAAGGCAGCAGGACGGAGCAGACAAACCCGCAUGGAAGAAUUCUUCCGCGUUUUGCGGAAAAGCCAGCAGCCGGCUGAAUCUUCCAUCGCCGCCAAAGGAAAGAGAGUGAGUCCAAGUGACACUGUCCUCAGAUGGUGCCUGGCAGUACUGCACAUGCAUCCUGACUAACCAGGGGCGAGUUCGCCGAUUCUGUUACAAAACAUUUCAUAAACAAAAGCAAAAGGAAUUAAAUGGGGAAGGACAUAACUUAAUUUGUCCAAUAGAAACUCUCGUUUUGCAACCGUUUGGACUAAUGAUUCCACCCCCAGCUGUCCGACAGUGAAGAGGAUGCCCUAGACUGUUACCAUGGUUACUCCAGUCGUUGAAUAAAAUGAUAUUUACACUUACCGAUUGUACAUACUGUUGUUCCUUUUGACGGUAGGAGGUGGAGAUAAAUCCACAGGAAAGUGUUUUUUACCUGACUUUUUGUGGUGCCGGUUGGUUCUGUCGAUUGUAUUUUCAACGUGAUGCAAAAUAAGUAAACAGUAACCGAGUGUUGUCGACCGAAUAACGUUUCCUCGCAAUCAGCUGGAAGUGCUUGCCAUUCGGUUAGGCUCGGACAUAUUGUGUAAGUAUUUUGUCACGUGUGAAUUGCACCAGUAUUGAAAAUGCAAACGAUAUAACGUUACAGACCAGCAUACUGAAGGUCGGGUUGAUAACACUUCACUGGAUAUUUUGUCUCACAUUCCUACCUGAAAAAGGACCACGAAGGUCUACCUGAGCAGAUCAACUGAUCUAUACACUUAUUUCACUUCCGAACAAUUGAGCAUAAACCGAUUAGUGAUUCGGGACAGCGACUACCUCAGGGUCAUGUUCAUUAGGCACCAAGCGGAAGAAAAUGCACUGAAACGGGGACAGACUAACUGGGCAUGUCCAGUAGGUAAUUCUCAUAUUAUUUGUUUUCCGUUUUAAAACCUUGUGUGCCCUAAUGAACACGGCCCUGGCCAACUCCCAGUGAACGAGUAAACAGGAUGAGCAGAGGCGGGGACUCAUUGGCGAGAACUGUGCAACCACUGUCUGUGGGGCCUUGCUUGUUCCUUCAGCCAAAACAGGAGACGAUUGAUUUAUACUGAGGGAAGGCAAAUGGGUGGACACCUGCUACCCUCAACAGUGCCACAUUCUAGGCAAAUUACUUUCUUAUCGUGAUAAACUGACAGGAUCAUGUCAAAGUUGAGACCAAAACUCCAAAUGAUGCCUUUUGGAAGAGGAUAUUCUCUUAAGUCGUUGUUUUUACAAAACAUAGUAUGAUGGUAAACAUUGUAUUUACUAUUAAACUGUUAUUCAUCAAUGUAAUGUUGUCGAAUGGUCAAUGCUGCCCGCCAGUAGGUGUCAGUCACGCUCCGGUUAGCUGUCUAGUACACCUGUAAACCAACGAAGAAGAAAUGUGUCCGUCCCACUAGACCUCUGCAAGGUGUCUGAACCACUGUUGUCGAGGCAAGACAUCCCUGCCUAGCACUGGAUAAACUUCUCCCACCUUUAGCAGCCCAUUUUCUCAACUAUGGCGACGAGUGCGAAGCGAAAACAAGAGGAGACGCAUCUUAAGAUGCUUCGGGAAAUGACUAGCCAGCCCCAGAAUAGGAAGUGCUUUGAUUGCGACCAGCGCGGCCCGACUUAUGCCAACAUGACAGUGGGUUCCUUCGUCUGUACCACCUGUUCUGGCAUCCUAAGAGGCCUGAAUCCCCCCCACAGAGUGAAGUCCAUCUCUAUGACCACCUUCACACUACAGGAAAUUGAAUUCUUACAGAAACACACCAACGAGGUUUGUAAAUACAUCUGGUUGGGGCUGUACGAUGACAAGACAUUAGUUGUUCCAGACUUCCGCGAACCACAGAAAGUAAAAGAAUUCCUCCAGGAAAAAUAUGAGAAGAAAAGAUGGUACGUCCCUCCAGACCAGGCGAGGACAGUAGCCAUGGCCCAGGCCUCCAAGUCGGGCUCCUCAGCCAGCAGCACAACCAGCACCCCGGAGGUCCAGCCCCUGAAAACCCUGCAGCUCAACAAGACCCCCCCAACACGUCAGUCCCCGAUGGUGGUUCGCUCCGUGGCCCAUCCCAUAGUUCAGGAGAAGAAGAUUGACCUCCUUACAGACCUGGGUGGAGACAUCUUUGCCGCUCUGCCCUCUCAGGCUGCCAGCAACGCCAAUUUUGCCAACUUUGCGAAUUUCCCCAGCCAAUCAGUGACUAAGGUUAACUCAAAAGCUGACUUUGCCAACUUUGAGGCGUUUGGCAACUCUGGAGUACCUCCGCAUUUCAGGACCUCAUCCCCCUCUCAGUCGUUUGCGUCAGGGCGAGGUGUCCCAGUGCCGUCAGUGGCUGGUGCUGUACCGGCCCAAUCCCAGCUGGGCACGUCGGCAGAGGACCGCUACGCUGCUCUGGCUGAGCUGGACAACGUGUUGAGCUCCUCUGCCCCCACAGGGAGUAGUGUCCAGGGUGAAUCUAGGAAUAUGUUUGGCGCUGUGUUGGGAACCUUGCCUGCCCAGACUCAGCCAGUCUUGCCCAACAUGCAUGUGCAGCAAGGCUUUGGAGCCGUCUCGUCCAAUAACCCAUUUGUUGCUGCUGCCCCGGAUAUGGUCACCAACCCCUUCCAGACCAAUGGUAUCGCACCGGCCGCAGCCUCGUUUGGCACAGGCUCUAUGAGUAUGCCUGCUGGCUUUGGGAAUGCCUCCUCUUACUGCCUCCCAACCAGUUUUAGUGGGACGUUCCAGCAGCCCUUCCCUGGCCAGGCCCCCUGCCCUUACCCCCAGCCGGGGGCCUACCAACCCCAACAACCCAAUGGUCCUGGUGGAUAUACAGUCUAUGGACAGACCAAGCCCUCCAUGACCCCCUUUGGGCAGCCCAUGGCUGGUCCUGGGAUGACCAAUAACCCAUUUAUGGCGGGAGCCCCGGCAGGAUCCUACCCCUCUGGAAGCUCCAACACCAACCCCUUCCUGUAGAACGCCUCCCUCCCCGUCGUCACCACCAGAGGGCAGCAUGCAGCACCUAUUCAAUGUACCGGCUCAGUCACAGCUUGUGAUGUGACAGUACAUUUCUGAAACUUUGAAUUCAAGAUUUUCUUAACUAUGUUUACGACACUAUGAAGGACUAUGGGAUCGGGGACUGCCCUGGAACUAUGCCCUGGGACUUAUACGUUCUUUAUACAUAUAUUUUGUAGUUUAUUAUGUUUGACAGUUAUUGUGCAUGUCGGCAUUUGUAAUCACGUUUAAAAUACAUUAUGUUAUGUAUAAUUAGGACUUGACGUGAGCGGAGGACAUUGUGCUGACGCCACUACAAUGUUUCUACCAGUGGGUUUAUAUGAUAACUAACAUGGUUGUAUACAACAAGUCUAGGAGGGAACUGAGGUGACAAAGAUUUUCUCAUCGGGAAACGAUGACGAUUAGAUGUUGGUGAAGAAUCAGGCUGGUGAACGAGGUAGCACCGAUGGUCAUAUUCACUAUCAUUUAAUGAAUUCUGUGUUAAAGAAACAAUCUAUUGUGUAGUGGUUUCAAUUGGCAUGACGCCUCUGCCUGCAGUUAUGGUGUUCGGGAAAGGGACUUUUAUUUGGUGCAUGAUUAAUACCACUAUUACUUGGGGUGCAACCUGGGGUGCGUUCAGCAAAGUACAAGAUUGUGGAGCAGGACCCCCCCCCCCCCCCAAAAAAAAAAUCCUAGAUUUUACCCAAAGAAAUUAAGAAAGUUAAAGCUCACUUACUGCAUUUAUACAAUUUAUAAACUCUAAAAUGCUAUUUGAAGAACAGCAAAAACAAGCUUAAAUGACCCCUGGCAUUAUCACAGUGGUUGCUGUAGCUUCAUUCACCUCAGUCGGCCUACAAACACAGCCUAUUAGCUAUACGAUUAGCCGCUACACAUUAACUCACAUUAACUCAGCACCGGGAUUACAAACUAGAAAUUAAUACGUACAGAGGGAUCUGUUAACAGAAAAAGUUUUUUUAGUAACAAAAGAUAAACAACAACAUUUUUGCUUUACAUACAUUUUCUUGUUGUUGCCGUUUUAAAGUAAAUUUCCUGGAAUUCUACAAAUUUUGCCAUGACUCAUGCCAUGUUAAUAGGACACGUGCCCGGUUGGUAAUUCAACCGUGAUUACUACAAGUUUAGAUAGCUGGCUAGACUAACGAGACCCAUUUACCAAUCCCAACAUUUUUUAGUGAUUGUCAGUGAGUGACAUGAGGGAAACUGCUGAUGCACUACCAAGUGUUUAAAUUGCACCUUGUGUAUUUUACUAUUCUACCUAGCAACAGUAAGUGGAGACCCCGAGUAGGUUCGUACAUUUUUUUUUUAAAUAAAUGUUUUGUUUUUUUAAUUGUAAAGAAUGACCGAGGUCCGGACCAUUAUACCUCAGUGUCCGGACCUCGGUGUCUUCAUAUGUAGCUACAGCCCUGCGCAGGUGUGUAAAAACACAUGACAAGUUUGUAUUUAUUUGGAGAGAUGGUUAACUUGUGCCCCCCCCCCCCC